AUAUUUUUCUCAGAAUUUUUAUUAUAAAAAGAAAAACCACCGUUUCAAACAAAAGCCCAAUGCAUACUCUACUAAACUGAUAGAUAUUUAAUUCCUUUGUUUUUUUUGGUUAAGGUCUCUCUGUUAAAAAAAAAAAAAAAAACAAAGCUUUUGUUCGUCAGAUCAAACCCUAGCAAUACCUGUAACUCGCUCUCUGCAAAAUCAUAUUCUCUGUCAACCAUUCCCUCUCUCUCUCUCUCUGCACCCUUCAGAACCUUAAACAACGACGUGUCUCCGCUCCGAUCUCCGCCUUUCAGAUUCUCUCGAUGGCUGAAGGAAAAUUCAAUCUACCCGAUGAUCUCCUGCCCUCCAAAAUCGCCUCUGACCAGCCCUCCUUCAAAGGUGAGGCUUGGGAUGGGAACGUGGAGGAGAAAGGACUCACAGGGUUACUUGAUGAUACCAAAGAUCAAGCAACUUCAGAGAGCAGCAUACCUUUGUCUCCACAAUGGCUUUAUGCUAAACCGGCUGAGGCUAAGAUGUUACCUGCUGGAGCUUCUGGGGAUGUAAGAGCACCAAUUUCGUUGCCCCAUGGAACCUCUGGUGAUUCCAAUCUGAAAGAUAGUUGGCGUUUAGAUGGGUCUCAGGACAAGAAAGAAUGGAAGAGGACUGCACCUGAUCUUGAGAGCAGUCGCCGCUGGCGUGAAGAGGAGAGAGAAACAAGCUUACUUGGCCGAAGAGAUCGCAGAAAAGAAGACCGGCGCACUGAUAUUACUUCAACUAGAGAUGUUCCUGAAAAUAGGACCUUGUCAUCUUCAGAGCGAUGGCAUGAUGUUAGCAGUCGUAAUUCUGGACAUGAAUCUCGAAGAGACAACAAGUGGUCUUCCAGAUGGGGCUCUGAAGACAAAGAAAAGGAUUCUCGAACGGAGAAGAGGACAGAUGCUGAGAAGGAAGAUGCCCCCACUGAUAAACAAGCUUUUGUCAGUGUGGGCCAGGGCCGCAUAGCUUCUGAGCGUGAGAAUGAUUCUCGUGAUAAAUGGAGGCCACGAUAUCGUUUGGAAGUCCAUGCAGGUGGGUCCACUUCUUACCGCAGUGCUCCAGGCUUUGGUUCAGAGAGGGGACGAGUGGAGGGAUCAACUGUGCGAUUUGCAGCUGGACGAGGAAGGUCAAAUGCUAAUGGGAGCCAACAAACUGGGAGGCCACAAUCUGCUUCUGUUAUUGGAUCUCUUCCCGUGGAUAAAAACAAGACUUCUAAUGCAUAUUUCUACCCAAGGGGAAAACUCCUUGAUAUUUAUCGCAAGCAAAACACUACUCCAAAUUUUGACACCCUACCUGACGAGAUGGAUCAUAUAUCACCUAUAACGCAAAAAGAAACGGUUGAGCCUUUGGCUUUUGUUCCUCCUGAUGCAGAGGAAGAGGCUGUACUUGGUGAUAUAUGGAAAGGAAAAACUACGAGCAGUGGAGUUUUCUACAAAUCAUUUAGAGACACAAGUCUUAUUGAUGUGACUUCAGGUGAAGGGAAACAAAGUUUCUUGGUUAACAGGGAGGAUAGUGUUGAAUCUGGUGAGAUGGCUGCUGUAAACGAUAAUUAUCAAGGGAAUCAUGCUGAGACAUUUUAUGUGUCAGAUUCACAGAUGAUUAUGACCAAGGAAAUGAAUAGUUCAAAAGAAGGUGAACAGAGAUGUGUGACACCACCUGAUAUAGAUGUAACAAAUGCUUUGAUGUUGAAUAGGGAGAUUUGUGGGUCUGUAAAUGACGUGGAUGAAUUAAAAUCUUUUGAUAACCAACAAGUGGCCGAUUUGAAAAUGCAGAAGCACCCUAAGUUGGAGGAUAAUGAAUUAUCCAUGCAAUUUAGAGUUGGUAAUGAGCUUCCUGAAGACUCAAGUUCUCUAUUUGAUUUUUCUUCACUACAGCCUACUGUCGGCAGUAACCAGAUUAAUCUUAAGGGCAAUAAUGAGGCACAUUCACUGGAAAGUGUUAUCCCUCCUGAGGAUUUGAGUUUGUGCUAUCUUGAUCCUCAAGGAGUAAUUCAGGGACCAUAUCUGUGGAUUGACAUAAUUACAUGGUUUGAGCAAGGUUAUUUUGGCACAGACUUACCUGUUCGAUUGGCAGAUGCUCUGGAUGGAUCACCUUUCCAAGAACUUGGUGAAGUCAUGCCACACCUAAGAAUGAAUUCUGAAUCUGCCUCCAGUGUUAGUGCAGUUACGAGAAUGCAAAUACCUGAUUCUUUUGAAGGGAGCUUGGAAGAGACCAUAUCUUAUUCUGCUUCUGCUUCUGAGUUGAAGGGGCCUGCCAUUGGAAGUGAGCAGCAGCGGACAUUGUCUGCUUUUGAGACUUCUGGUACUAAUUUUCAGUUAACAGGGCCUAAUCAAAGUUAUCGUUCUGAGCAUCAGUUUUCUGAAGAUCAAAGCCUCCAUAAAUUUGCUGCUCAAAAGGAGGAAAUUAUUUUUCCUGGGAGGGCCGGAAGUGCUGGUGGUGACCCUUUGAAAGUUUCUGGUGAAAUUCAAGGUCCUUUUGGCAAUCCUGCAAGCCAUUUGUCCAUUUCAAAUGAAUUUUCAAAAACCCAUGAACCUUCUCAUGGAGAUGAUGAGUUGCAUCCUUUUGGGUUGUUGAUGUCUGAGUUGAGAAGCACCUCUCAUUUGAAGCAUUCUCAAUCAUCUAAUUUGGCUUCCAGCAUAGUUGAUAGAGGGCAGUUUUUAGAUCCUUAUCUUGGUAGAGAGCCCAAUUUUGCUAGUCAGAGUGUUGUUGGUACAGUAGCUGAACAAACUUCUUUUCCGGAGGCUUGGCCUGAUGAUUAUAGAAGAAAUGCUUUGUCUAACCCUAACUUUCAUCUAGGCACUACUGGCGCUAGGCCUUCAUCUCACAGGGAGCAAGAAUACAAUGGUUUUGACCUGGUACAGCACCUAAUGUCACAAAAGUUGUCCAAUGAACCAGUUCAAGAGCAGAACCAUUUCUCUCAUCCCUUUACCCAUUCAGCUGGAUUUGGUGUGGAGCAAAUUCGAGGUUUUGAUCUUAUGCAGAGCAAGAAUCUCAGUCACCAGCAGUCAAUCCAUCAUUCGGCUCCACAUAUGGAACAUCUUUUGGAACUUCAGCUUCAACAGCAGCAGCAGUUGGAACUUCAACGACAGCAGCAGCUUCAUCACCACCAAAUGAAAUUGUUGCAGCAGCAGCGACAACAACAACAUCUGCAGCAGCAGCAUUCUCAAGCUCAGCAGUUGCUUCUCGAUCAAUUGCUGCAGCAUCAGUUGUCUGAUCCGGGUUAUGGUCAGCACAUAUUGGAUGCUGCUAGAGACAACGUACUUGAUCAGGUUCCGUUACAAAGGCAUCUCCUGAGUGAAAUGCAGCAGAAUUCUCAUGCUUCAAGGCACCUGGAUCCAUCAUUGGAGCAUAUCAUACAAGCAAAGAUCAACCAGAGUGCACUUCAAGGGCAACAUGCUGAUUUUGUGGAUUUUAUGUCACAAGCAAAAUAUGGCAAUAUGAUUCCUUCAGAGCAUCAGAUUCGUCUUCAACAAAAACAGUUGCAAGUGCAGCAAUUAUCUAUGGCAUUGAGGCAACAAUUAGGAAUGGAGGGAGAUAGACGACUUACUGCAUCAUGGUCUGCAGAUGAAGUCGGUCAGUUUGUCAGGAGUCCUAGCAGCCAUCACCAGGCUCAAUCAGUGGGGUUGAAUGCUUCGGAUCUUUAUCAGCAGAGGCUUUCAAUUCUUGAAGAGAAAUUCAGCAAUCUUAGACAGAAUCAUGCUUUGCAGGAGCAACAGCAGCGAGGGAUGUUCAACCCCAGCCCUACAGCAUUUGGCAGGGCAACUCUUCCUGCAGUUGCUCCUGGAAUUAAAGUAGACAGUGUUAAUUCUCUAGAUCUAGCUGAACAUCUCUAUUUGCACUCCAGCAACCUACUGGGUCCUUUUUCUUCUGGUAACCACUCUCAUAGCCAACAAAUUUCAGGUGAUCUAUAUGCUUCUUAUCCAGAUAUAAUGGAGAGCUACCAUUCUAGAAAAAAUGGGCAGCUAGAAAAUAGUUGGACUGAAAAACAGAUACAACAGUUACAUCUUGAAGCAGAGUUGCAAAGAAGUGAGUCUGAAGUUGAUUCAAACGCUUGGCCAUCAGCUGGAGGGGUUCAUGAAAACUCUAAGAAAGCUUUAAUGAAUCUUCUUCACCAAAAACUGGGUAUUCAAUCUACACAGUCAUCAGAAGUAGAUUAUCAACAUCCUGCUUCAUCUUUCAGAGGGCGGGAAACCUUUUGGCCUAUUUCUGAGCCACAAAGUUCCAAUUUUCCUUUCAAUCAUUUCCCAAAUCAGGAAGUUCAUGUGAACAACUCAUUUGUGGAAGGCCCUCAAAAUUCCAAUUCAAGUGCCUUGUUGCAAGAUCAUUUGUUUGGAGUUGCUGUGAGUGAUUGUGUCGAGGAUAUGGUUAACUGCGAAAGAUCACCUCCUAAACCCAGUUCCGCCUCAUUUGCAGAAGAACAGUCAUUCUUGUUGGGCAUUGAAGAUCCUUCUUCUAGUAGUUAUGAGGAUGCUAGCUUGAUGGGAAAAUCAGCUGUGGAUAAAGAGCUAGGAGAGCUGGAGGGAAAGGAGAAGAAAAGUGGAUUUAAAGGCAUGAUUGCAAGGAGUGGCUCUGUGUCUGGGUCUGAGGACAAUAUCUUAGAGCAAGUAGAGAAGGCCUUGGAAUGUGGUGAGCUACAAAGUAGUGUCCAUAGCCGGCAUAAUUCUCUUAGUACUGGUAGGGGUGGAAGGUUGUACAGUUAUGAAAGUGGAUUAGAUAAACCAGUUGGAGAAGAUGCUUCUAAUGAUAAGUUAAUGUCAUUGCUGUCAAAAGGGCUUGACAAAGUUUCAAAGAAAUGCCCACCUGUGUCACGGGUUUCAUCAUCCCAGGAUGUUUUUUCUGAUCAAAACUCAGCUCCAUUUGUCAAGCAGAAAAAUUCUACAAGCCUUACAACUUCUGAUGAAGGAAGACAGGAGGCUGCGGCAAAUCUAGGUGCAGUGAGAACUGUAGAAACUCAGGCAUCGAGCAAGAAAGAUAUCCGUUUUAGAAGGACAUCGUCUUGCAACGAUGCUGCAGUGUCGGAGGCAUCGUUCAUUGAUAUUCUUAAGAAGCCGGUUCUUCAUGGAGCUGAGGUGGUGAACAGCUCUGCUUUGGAACCAUCAGAUGGUGCUUCGCAAGCAGGACGAAGUGGCAAGAAAAAAGGGAAGAAAGGAAGACAGAUUGAUCCUUCCCUACUUGGUUUCAAGGUCACAAGCAACCGCAUAAUGAUGGGUGAGAUCCAACGCCUUGACGAUUAACCACCUCAUGUACACUUACCAUGUUGUACGUUUCCUGUAAAUUUUUUUACCAUUUUUUUAUAGAUACUUUUUGUACAGUUUAUUUGAGGAGCAUAGGUAAUUAAUUGUUUUUUAUUUUUCCAAAAAUAAAGGUUUUGGUUUUAAGAUGCAAGAAUGUUCACUUUCAUUUUCCCGGAAAUGAGCAAGGCUUAAGAUUUCCUUUUAAU